GCGUCGACAGCCGACACAGAUCAGCCUAGCCAGCCAGCCAGCCAGCUUGUUCUCCUGCACUCCUGAGCAGCUGAAGGGGAAGAGAGGGAGGACAGAGAGCGGGAGCUUGGAAGCAGGUGGACCUUGUCCUUGUGGCUGAAGAUAUUUUUCCGUGGAGAGUUGCAGGGGCUCCUGCAGUUGCUGGGGCAAAGGGGAAGAGGAAGAAGAGCCCGUUCCUGCCCUCUCCUGCCUUCCCAAACCUCCGUGUCUUCUGGCGAGGGCUCACGCAAGGCAUGGAAGACCGUGAGCGGCCCAGAUUGAGGCCCCUGGGGAAGGAAGCUUCCUAGCAUUUUGUGCCGAAACAGCUGCAAGAUCCAAAGCGUCUGGUGAUCAAGGGGCUGCUUCAGGCAGGAGCCUUGGAGUGGGAGUGGGGGAGUCCCCGGGGGGGGGGGAACAAGCAGGAAGGUGGCAGCGAUGGGCAGCUCUUUUUGCCGCUGUGCUGUCAGCUCCUUGCCCUGGCAGAAAGAGCGCUCUCGGGCUCUUGCAGCUCGGGAUGGGCCGUCAGCCCAAGGAGACCUGCCGCCCUCAGCAUCUUGAGCAGAGGAGGCAAAAGGUGACGUGUCCAUCUGGGUGCCGAAAUUUCUGCUGCUGCCUGAACAGGGCCUGUUCCCUCCAGGAAGGCCACCUGGAAGCCCGUCUGCUGCCCCCUGGACAGGAGAGAUCCGGGAGCUGCUUUGGGAAGCCGGGCGGAGGAUGGAAGCCACUCACUAGGACGUAUUGGCAGCUGCCUUGAGGGCAUUCUGCCCUCUCUUGCGAUGCAGGAAAAGGGCGAGCAAACCCCCAGGCUCCUGAUUUAGCCUCUGCCCAUCCAGUUAACCUGGAACGAUAGUCACAAGGCAGCACCUCUAAGCCUGCUUUUUGAGGCCUUCUUCAGCUCACUGCUCUCUCUCCUCUUUCCCCAGCCUGUGUGUGUGUGGGGGGCCUCUGGUGUUCACCAGUAGCUGAUUCUUCCCGAAGGGUGCUCAGGGAGAAGGACCUUCAAUCUGAGAUGCACUAGGUGUUUUAAGGGUCAGUUUAUUCAAGUCUUCCUGGGAUGGCUGUGAAGGAUGCCCCUCCUUUGCCAGCGGGGUCGUGGCAGCCUCUGGAAGCCGCCCCAGAGCAGCCAUAAGAAACCUGUGCCUCGUUUUCAAUCAGUGAUGCCCGAUGUGGGGUCGGGGUUCUUAAAGUGCCCCCCAAAUGUGUCCUGAGGUCCCCGACACUGAACUCUAGGUGAGCCUCUGACCUGGACCAGCCAUGGCGGACCACCUGGAGUUGCUGGCCGAGAUGUCUGCCGUCGGCCGAAUGGGCACCCAAGAGCGCCUGAAACAUGCCCAGAAGCGCCGCUCGCAGCAGCUGAAGAAGUGGGCGCAGUUUGAGAAAGAGACUCAGGGGAGAAAGGCCAAAACGGAGAAGAAGACCAAGACCAAGGCGAGCGUCAAGGAGAAGAUGGUGGCCUUUCCCGAGAACAUCCAGCUCCUGGAGGCCGCCUGUCGCCACGAUGUGGACGAAGUUCGCCAGUUUCUCCAGAGUGGCCUUGACCCUAAUCUGUACAAUGAAGAUGGCCUUACUGCCUUGCACCAGUGCUGCAUUGAUGAUUAUGGGGACAUAGUGGAGCUGCUGCUGGACGCCGGGGCCGACGUCAACGCCUGUGACAGUGAGCUCUGGACCCCCCUGCACGCGGCCGCCACCUGCGGGCACCUGCAUUUGGUGGAGCUGCUCGUUCAAAAAGGCGCCAACCUGCUGGCCGUCAACUCGGAUGGGAACAUGCCGUACGACCUCUGUGAGGAUGACGCCACACUGGACUACCUUGAAGCAGCCAUGGCCGAGCAGGGGAUAACUCAGGAGACCAUCGAGGAGGCCCGCUCAGUGGUGGAGCGCACCAUGGUGGAGGACAUCCGUCGGCUGGUGAAGGAAGGGGUCAACCUGGAUACGCCGCUGGACCACCGGGCCACCCUGUUGCACAUUGCCUCGGCCAACGGCUACCUGGAGGCGGCGGAGCUGCUGCUGGAGCACAAGGCCAGCAUGAGCGCCAAGGACAACGAUGGCUGGCAGCCUCUCCACGCAGCCGCCUGCUGGGGUCAGAUCCAGCUGGUGGAGCUGCUGGUGGCCCAUGGAGCCGAUCUCAACGGGAAGUCUGUGCUGGACGAGACGCCGCUUGACGUGUGCGCGGAUGAGGAAGUGCGGGCCAAGCUCCUGGAGCUGAAGCACAAACACGAUGCCAUCAUGAAAUCCCAUGACAAACAGAAGUCUCUGCUCCAGCGCCGCACUUCCAGUGCGGGCAGCCGGGGGAAAGUGGUGAGGCGGGUCAGCGUGACGGAGCGCACCAACCUCUAUCGCAAGGAGCACGAGAAGGAGGCCAUUGUCUGGCAGCAACAGUCGCGGGAGAGCGAGGGAGAGAUGGAGGAUGAGGACAGGCAGACGGAUGCAGAGCUCCAGCCACGCGUUUCGAACCAUGAGCCUGAAGCGGCUGAGCCCGGGGAGCCGCUCAGCGAGCGCAACGGCACGGCCCACCCCCGGGGGCACCUCUACGCCCGGCGGCUGGACCGCAGCGCCUCCUACCAGAUGGCCACGCAGGACGAAGGGGCGGCUGGCCUGAGCCAGGAGAAGGCCCGCCACACCCUGGCGGACCUGAAGCGCCAGCGUGCGGCGGCCAAGCUGCAGAGACCCCACUCGGAGGACUUCCCACCAACCAGCCUUGGCGAGGCUCCCCUGGCCGACUCGGAGAGCAACUCUGUGUAUUUUACGGCUGCCAGCGGGGAUCCUCCGCUCCUCAAGCUGACCGCUCCGGCUGAGGAGACCCCGGCCGAGAAGAAGCGCUGCUGUAAGCUCAUGUGAGCGGGGGGUGGGGGUGGGGGUGGCCCUCCUCCUUCUCCUCCUCUCUGACACAGGCCUUGCACCCCCAGCUGACUGCGAUGCCAGGGCCCGAGGGGCAGAGAAAGCGGCCACUGCAUGAGAUGCCGCUCGAGUUCAGAGCAAAACACACGCGUUCACCUCCAGGCCCUUCCUUGCCGACACCGAGAGGUGGCACGCCAAGCUGUGACUUCCCCCUCCUGCUGUUUUCUAGAACUCGGCCGUGCCUUUUGGGAACUGUAGUCCUCUGAGGUCCCUUUUCUCUGCACUAGGAGGCCGUGGUUGUUGGUCAGUGGAGAGGCUUCACUGGUUCCAAGGCCAGUUGGGGAGUGGGUGGGUUGGGAAAGUUGUCCCUGGGUGGGCUUCAGAAAUCUCAGGGAAGGGGGACCCAGCAGCCCAACUGCCCUGGGUUCUGGGCGGCCCCGGUCUGGGGCUCAGCAUUUGCACUAGCACCGAUCCCAGGGCACAAGUCCAGGCGGAGGGGAGAAGGUGUGAACGGAGGCCUGUUGGUGGGGUGUGCCCCUGUCCCGGAGGGCUUCCCUCCCCUUUGCACAGUCGCCCUCAGAGAGCAGGGAGGUGCCUGUCGGGGGGCUCCCGCUGGGAAACACCUGGAGGCCCCCUCCCCAAAGGGCCAAGUGCCCCAAGUCACCUUCUGCACCUCCCGGUCUUCCCCUGCAUCAGAGGCAGAGGAGGCCUGGCCGGGAAGACUUGUCUGCUUGGAGGGGGACAGGAGUUCCUUGGCACCGCGGUGGCUUCAGAGGAGCACCGGGCGGUGAGUGGGCUGCAUCGCUGAGAAGGUUGAAGCAAAGCAAAGGAAGAAUCCGGCGGUCUGCCAGUUAGGACGGGCAGCCCACGUUGUGGUGGUAGCUCCUCCGUGCCCGUUGCUCCCUGGGGGAUUCUGGGAGCUGUCGUCCAAGGAAAGAAACUGGCCCACCUCCGGAGAGUUUCCCUCGUCCUCCGGAAGCCCACACGCGUGCGCCAGUGUGGAUGCCUGUGGACCAAGGGGGAGUGUCAGCUAGCCGCACCACGAAGAGGAGGAGAAGCCCUUUCUCUGUCUCCGUGCCAUGCUUGGGGCUGCCCUCCCAGGACGUGGCCUGGCCCUGGACUUUGGCCGUGUGGCGUUUGGGGGCUCUGCUCUGGGACGCCGGCUUUCUGGCUCUGGCGCUGCUGCUUGGCUCUCAGGCAAGCACCCCCCUGCCCCCCCCGGGGAGACUGACUGGCGCCGUUUGGGGCCUUCUGCCACGGGUGUGGAAGGGGUUUUGUACCAAGCACUCCGGGUUGGACCACGGCUCGUGGCCUUGGGAGGCACUGCCGGCUUCCUUAAACCAAUCAAGUUCCUUCUCCCCCGCGCCCCCGCCCUGCUUGGUCUUUCUCUCCAGCGUUUUUUGCAGGCUCUGAAUUUUCUAUUCUCUUUUGCAUAAUCUUUUCUUAAAAUUUUGACAGUGUUUUUUUUUCUAAGUCCUUGUUAUUUUUAAUCUGAUAUUUUUUUCUUGUCAUGGUAUGAUGCAAUAAAAUAAUGACUUGUC